GUCAUCUAUAAACAAAGAACUGAUGCAUCAGUCCAAUCCCAGAAAAACCCACAGGCAAAAUCUAACAAUUCUUUUUAACCCAAACCCUGAAUCAACAUGUUUCCUCCUCUUCAAUGUCUUCAUCCAUAGAUCCAAUCCCUCCAGUUUCCAAAGGUUCCAAUGUUCUUCUGAAACCCUAUCAAAUCCAAUCCUGCCAAAAACACUUGCAUGUAUCUAUACCUAGAACAUAGUACUUAAUUAACCAACCACCGAACCAUCUAUAGGGGCAAUGGCUGAAUGUUCCCUGAACUUGCUACUUAAGAAACUCACCCAAGAAGACGACAACUUAUUGUCUAGGGUUCCCGCAGACACUGAGUACAUUUGUUAUGAACUUGAGUCCAUGAAGAGUUUGUUCAGAGUUGCAGAUGCAAUGGAGGAGAGCAGCGACACUUCCCUCAAGUCGUGGCUCAAGAAGGUGAUAGAUGUCGUUUAUGACAUGGAAGAUGCUCUUGAUCAUUUCAAUUUGCAUCUUGCACGGGAUCGUGGGCAUGGUUUCUUUGCUUCUCUUCUGAAAAUCACUGGCUGUAUCAGUAGUUUACAAGCUCGCCAUCGAAUUGCUUCAGAAAUGCUAGAAAUCAGAUCCAAAGUAGUAGAUAUCGCAGGAUCAUAUCGGAGUUACUUGAUGCAAAAUAACAUCAUGGAGAAAGAUUUGAACUACACCACUAGUGCAUCACAUCAACCAAGAACACGAGAAACACCUUCUCCUUCUUCACUUGAAGAAGAUAAUCUAGUAGGCAUCGAAGGGGCCAAAGAGCAGCUUAUCAAUUGGCUUGUUAGAGGCAAAUUUGAUCGUGAAGUGGUUUCAGUGGUUGGCAUGGGAGGUUUGGGGAAGAGUACCUUGGUGAAAUUAUUGUAUGGCGACGCAGAAGUGAUGAAGCACUUCGAACUUCGAGCUUGGGUAACAGUUUCUCAAUCUUUCAAGAUAGAGGAGCUUCUAAAAGAUAUAAUUCAACAAAUCUCCCGUGUGCCUAAUAAAUCUGCAGAUCAUCUUGAGAUGGACAGCGAGGGAGAGGAUAAAUUUAAGCUAAUAACAGCUAUAAAUGAAUUUCUUCGGCAAAAAAGGUACCUCAUUGUCUUAGACGAUGUGUGGGAUACUUAUGCCUUUGAUGCUUUUGUUCGUGCAUUGCCAAGAAACAACUGUGGCAGCCGAAUAUUACUCACAACACGUAUUGUCACAGUUGCCACCAUGAAAUCCCCUGAAAAAGUCUAUGCUUUGAAUCCGUUGUCCCCUGAAGAUUCAUGGACUUUGUUCUGCAAGAAAACGUUUAAGAACAACUCUUGCCCUCCACAUUUGAAAGAUGUGUCAGAAAAAAUCCUGCACAGAUGUGAAGGAUUGCCACUUGCAAUUGUGGCAGUAAGUGGUGUUCUAGCAACAAAGGACGAGAGCAGAGAAGAUCAAUGGGAGAUGAUUCAUCGCACUCUCGUUUAUGAUGAUAGCAUGCUCAAUUUGAGAAGAGUACUGUCACUCAGUUACAAUGAUUUGCCUUACUUUCUCAAAUCCUGUUUGUUGUACUUCAGCGUCUUUCCUCAGAAUUAUCGGAUUAAGAGUGCAAGACUUGUUCGGUUGUGGAUAGCGGAAGGAUUCGUGAAUGAAAGAGAAGGGAUGACCCUGGAGGAAGUUGCAGAAGCCUACCUAAAUGAGCUCAUUAUGAGAAACUUGGUUCAGGUGGUAGAAGCUAAUAUUGAUGGUCGGGUCAAAACUUGCCGCAUCCAUGAACUUCUUCAUGAGAUUGUCAUUUCAAAGGCAAGAGAUCAAGAAUUUAUAACGAUAGUCAAGAGCCAAAGCAAGAUUUUGCCUGAAAAAUUCAGACGUGUAUCGUUCCAUGAUACCACACCAAGCAUACGGCACAUUGCAUCUCAGCGGCUUCGUUCCCUGCUAAUGUUUUGGGCAGGAGAUUCUUUAUCCGAGUCUCCUGUAUUUUAUUCGUCUUUUAAUCACUCAAGGCUGCUCAAUGUGUUAGAUUUGGAAGGCGCACCUUUGAAGGAAUUUCCUCAAGAAAUUGUCAGCCUCUCGCUUUUGAAGUAUCUAAGUUUGAGAGAUACAAAGGUGAAUUCUAUUCCAAGAUCCAUUGGUAAGUUGCAGAACCUGGAAACUUUGGAUCUCAAACAUGCCCAUGUAACUGAAUUGCCUGCUGAGAUUCUGGAGCUUCAGAAACUUCGUCAUCUACUGGUCUAUCGUUAUCAAAUUUCAUCUGAUUAUGAGAUUUACACCAAAAAUGGUUUCAAGGCACCAGCUCUCAUAGGCAGCCAGAAGUCUUUACAAAAGCUUUGCUUCAUAGAGGCUAAUCAAGGCGGUAACCUUAUGCAGGAACUGGGAAAGCUGAAUAAUCUGAGGAGGUUAGGCAUUGUAAAAUUAAGGGAACAAGAUGGGAUGGCUCUGUGCUCUUCCAUUGAAAAACUGAAGAAUCUUCGUGCAUUGUCAAUUACUUCAAUGAACGAAAGCGAGAUCAUAGAUUUGGAGAGCUUAUCUACUCCUCCUACAUUUCUCCAACGACUGUACUUGGCAGGAAGUUUACAGAAAGUACCAGAUUGGAUACCUGCACUUGAUAGCUUGGUAAAGGUGGUAUUGAAAUGGAGUAAAUUAAGUGAUGAUCCACUUCUUUCUCUUCAACGUUUGCCCAGGCUGGUUCAUCUUGAACUUGUACAGGCAUAUGAUGGAAAGGAAUUUUAUUUUCAUCAGAAGGGGUUUCAGAGCCUGAAGUUAUUGGGUUUAAGCAAAUUAGAAAGACUUGAGGAAAUAAAGGUGGAGAAGGGAGCAAUGCCCUGUCUUCAAAAGCUAAUUGUUCAGAGCUGUCAUUCGUUGCAGAAAGUACCAUUAGGGAUUCAGUACCUGGUUAAACUCAAACUUCUGGAAUUCAUCAAUAUGCCAAUAGAAUUAAUCAUGAAAAUGGAUCCCAAUGGAGAACAUGGAGAUCAUUGGAAGGUUAAGCACAUACCAGAAGUUCAUUUUUCCUAUUGGAAUAAUGGUAAUUGGGAUUCCUUCUCUUUGAAUUCUUUUAGAGAUAACAAAACUUCUUCCCAGUCCAGCCGUAAGAUUAUUAGCUAUAAAAAUAUUUAGUCUUACCUUUGUUAUGGAGUAUUUGAGAAUAAUAAAUAAGCUGCAUUCCCC